UGCCAUCCCUCCUCGUCUUUGAAGUCUAGCCCUUCCUUAGGCUACUUCCCGCGCCCCCCGUGCGCCCUCUCUCGCCGCGCUAUUCUGUCGCGCCCGCUCUUCCUCCCGUCGCGCGCCUUUUGCCGCGCCCGCUCUCCCUUCCGUCAUGCGCCUCCCGUCGCGCCUGACGACGCGCUUCUGGCCGUCGCAUCCUCCUACUGCGCCUGUUGGUGCACUCCUCCGUCGCGCGGCCCGUCGUCGUGCCCUCCCGUCGCGCCCUCCCGUUGCGCGCCCUCCGCGUUUGCGCGCACCCGUCCAUCGCGCUCUCUGCGCGCCCGUCCAUCACGGCUCCCGCACACGCCCCCCCGGCGAUCCUCCAACCUUCGCCCCUGACGUCAACGACCCUCAGAGCUCCGAGACCGCCAUCCGCACCUACCGUGCCGGCCUCACCGACCACGUCCGCCAGCAGCUGCUCUUCGAGGCUUCCCGCGCCGAGCAUGACGCCGCCACUGCCGCCUACAACACGUAUGAGAUGGCGCUCGCGGAUGAUGAGUGGUUUGCCCGCGGCAACACCGGCACCCCCCCCCGCUGGUCCUCCCUCUCCCCUCGCCCCACUCCUCAGGAGGUUCGUACCUCCCCUCUUUUUCAGCCCGUCUCCUCCCCCUUGGCCCACCAGGCCGUCUCUUAGUAACAGCAGCAGCAGCAGACUCCGCAGCAGAUCUUGCCAUAGCCGUUU